UAAAAGAAGAGGACAAGAGAAAAAGUCUCAAGGAAAAAUGUUCUCAAGAAGUUGAAGCAAAACAACAGCUUGAAAUUUCUUAUGAAACACUUGAAAUGGAAUUCAAAGCUUCAAAAGUGAAUCAGUUGACAGAAGCACAAGAUCAAGGUACAAGCUCUGUGCAACAUGAUGAAAAAAUGGAAGAACCCUUAGACAGGAAUGAAUUGGAGUGUUUACGCCUAAAAGAAAAUGUGAAAAGUCCCGAAAUGGAGAUUUUGAGCCUGAAAAAGAAAAGGAAGAAACCAGCAGAAAAACGUGAACGAGCUUGGAAACACUUCUUCAGCAAGAGAUUGUUGACAGAAGCACAAGAUCAAGGUACAAGCUCUGUGCAACAGGAUGAAAAAAUGGAAGAACCCUUAGACAGGAAUGAAUUGGAGUGUUUACGCCUAAAAGAAAAUGUGAAAAGUCCCGAAAUGGAGAUUUUGAGCCUGAAAAAGAAAAGGAAGAAACCAGCAGAAAAACGUGAACGAGCUUGGAAACACUUCUUCAGCAAGAGAUUGUUGACAGAAGCACAAGAUCAAGGUACAAGCUCUGUGCAACAUGAUGAAAAAAUGGAAGAACCCUUAGACAGGAAUGAAUUGGAGUGUUUACGCCUAAAAGAAAAUGUGAAAAGUCCCGAAAUGGAGAUUUUGAGCCUGAAAAAGAAAAGGAAGAAACCAGCAGAAAAACGUGAACGAGCUUGGAAACACUUCUUCAGCAAGAGAUUGUUGACAGAAGCACAAGAUCAAGGUACAAGCUCUGUGCAACAUGAUGAAAAAAUGGAAGAACCCUUAGACAGGAAUGAAUUGGAGUGUUUACGCCUAAAAGAAAAUGUGAAAAGUCCCGAAAUGGAGAUUUUGAGCCUGAAAAAGAAAAGGAAGAAACCAGCAGAAAAACGUGAACGAGCUUGGAAACACUUCUUCAGCAAGAGAUUGUUGACAGAAGCACAAGAUCAAGGUACAAGCUCUGUUCAACAUGAUGAAAAAAUGGAAGAACCCUUAGACAGGAUUAAAUCGGAGUGUUUAUGCAUAAAAGAAAAUGUGAAAAGUCUCGAAAUGGAGAUUUUGAGCCAGAAUAAGAAAAGGAAGAAACCAGCAGGAAAACUUGAACAUGCUCAGAAAAACUUGUCAAAUGACAGUUUGUUGACAGAAGCACAAGAUCAAGGUACAAGCUCUGUGCAACACGAUGAAAAAAUGGAAGAACCCUUAGACAGGAUUAAAUCAGAGUGUUUACGCAUAAAAGAAAAUGUGAAAAGUCUCGAAAUGGAGAUUUUGAGCCAGAAUAAGAAAAGGAAGAAACCAGCAAGAAAACAUGAACAUGCUCGGAAAAACUUGUCAACUGACAGUUUGUUGACAGAAGCACAAGAUCAAGGUACAAGCUCUGUGCAACACGAUGAAAAAAUGGAAGAACCCUUAGACAGGAUUAAAUCAGAGUGUUUAGGCAUAAAAGAAAAUGUGAAAAGUCUCGAAAUGGAGAUUUUGAGCCAGAAUAAGAAAAGGAAGAAACCAGCAAGAAAACUUGAACAUGCUCGGAAAAACCUGUCAACUGACAGUUUGUUGACAGAAGCACAAGAUCAAGGUACAAGCUCUGUGCAACACGAUGAAAAAAUGGAAGAACCCUUAGACAGGAUUAAAUCAGAGUGUUUACGCAUAAAAGAAAAUGUGAAAAGUCUCGAAAUGGAGAUUUUGAGCCAGAAUAAGAAAAGGAAGAAACCAGCAAGAAAACAUGAACAUGCUCGGAAAAACUUGUCAACUGACAGUUUGUUGACAGAAGCACAAGAUCAAGGUACAAGCUCUGUGCAACACGAUGAAAAAAUGGAAGAACCCUUAGACAGGAUUAAAUCAGAGUGUUUACGCAUAAAAGAAAAUGUGAAAAGUCUCGAAAUGGAGAUUUUGAGCCAGAAUAAGAAAAGGAAGAAACCAGCAAGAAAACUUGAACAUGCUCGGAAAAACCUGUCAACUGACAGUUUGUUGACAGAAGCACAAGAUCAAGGUACAAGCUCUGUGCAACACGAUGAAAAAAUGGAAGAACCCUUAGACAGGAUUAAAUCAGAGUGUUUACGCAUAAAAGAAAAUGUGAAAAGUCUCGAAAUGGAGAUUUUGAGCCAGAAUAAGAAAAGGAAGAAACCAGCAAGAAAACAUGAACAUGCUCGGAAAAACUUGUCAACUGACAGUUUGUUGACAGAAGCACAAGAUCAAGGUACAAGCUCUGUGCAACACGAUGAAAAAAUGGAAGAACCCUUAGACAGGAUUAAAUCAGAGUGUUUACGCAUAAAAGAAAAUGUGAAAAGUCUCGAAAUGGAGAUUUUGAGCCAGAAUAAGAAAAGGAAGAAACCAGCAAGAAAACUUGAACAUGCUCGGAAAAACCUGUCAACUGACAGUUUGUUGACAGAAGCACAAGAUCAAGGUACAAGCUCUGUACAACAUGAUGAAAAAAUGGAAGAACCCUUAGACAGGAUUAAAUCGGAGUGUUUACGCAUAAAAGAAAAUGUGAAAAGUCUCGAAAUGGAGAUUUUGAGCCAGAAUAAGAAAAGGAAGAAACCAGCAGGAAAACUUGAACAUGCUCGGAAAAACUUGUCAACUGACAGUUUGGUGAGUCCAUUUGUUUUUAAUUUCUAUCGUACUUGAAAGGAGUUCUUAUUUCUCUGCUAGUACGUAGGAAUAUUUUAGGCACUAUGAAAAGUUUCACUGAUAAAAACACUUGUUGUAAUCGUAUUGAUACCUCCUUACUAGCAAUAGUGACGUCCUCUUAACUUUAUGGAAGAUAAAUGGUUUCAUGCAAUUCAUGACUUUGGCAGUGAUAUUUUAAUACAAAAGAUUUUUAUAGCCUAAAAUCCCUAUUUUACACAUACCACAUUUGUUUAUCCAUUUUCCAUUGAAGGAUUUGAGAGUUAUUCCCACACUUCUUUGGGAAUAAUGCUGAUCUGGACAUUGAUAUAUUACUGUGUGUCAUGAGUCUCAGCUAAUAUGAUACAAUAACUUUUAAAAUUCCAGGAAAUUGAAUUGCUGAAUCUAAGACUUUGAAUAUCUGUUGCAAUGAAAGCUUUUCCAUGAUAUUUUGUAAUUUAUAUGGUCACCAAGAAUGGAUAGUAGGGCUCUACACAAGCAUUUUCCCCAGAGACACUGUAUUUCUCUUGGACUGUAAGCAAGGAAAAAGAUGCCAGUAACAAAGUAGAAAUGGAUAUUUGUCUUACUGAGGAACUAGUGGUCCUAGCAUUGCAGUUUCAUGAUUUUUCCCCAUUGAUUAGUGUUUAUCAGCCAUUUAAACUUGUCCAGUCUAAGAGGAACGCAUAAGACUGGGUGACAGUUUGUUGAUGUGUAAUGAAAACCAUGUACCUCUUGACCAGGCAGAGCAGAUUCUCCUGUGGCCCGUGUUCUCCUGUGUGGGAAUUAGGACCACAAGGACACAUUGUGUGCAUGGAAGUGGAGAUGUGAGGUGGCUCCUUCCACUGACUGAUUUCUUAAAGUCACAGCAAUUUGAUCCAUCGAGCUCCAUUACACAGAUGCUUGUUGCUAUGUCUCCUGCCUACCUGUCCCCCAAACUCUCAUGGAGCUAUAGAUGGGUGUUUUUCAUAGGUGACUAGAUAUGUAGAAUAUGAU